CACGCUUAUACCUGCCCUUAUUAACUAAAGAAAUUCUGCAAUUUUCCUAACCCCCAAGCAUAGCAGCACUACAAUUUCAACUUCCUUCAUGGGAAAGCCUCCUGUUCCAUUUCUUCCUUUUGUUUUCUCAACUCUUUUCACACUAAUAAUCCCUUCUGCGAGUGGAUUAUCUUUCAACUUCACCAGCUUUAUUGUUGGCGCCGAUCAAAACAUCUCAUACGAGGAAGCAUAUCCUGCAGAUGGAGCUAUUCAGCUCACCAAAAAUCUAAGAAAUGCUAAUAUGAAUUCAAGUUCCGGUCGAGCCACGUAUUACAAACCGAUGCAGCUUUGGGACGAGGCCUCGGGGAAUCUUACAGACUUCACUACCCAUUUCUCUUUUUCCAUCGAUUCGCAACGUCGAACUGCAUACGGAGAUGGACUGGCUUUCUUUCUUGCGCCAGAAGGAUCAAAGCUUCCGUCUAAUCUCUCUGAGGGUGCAGGUCUAGGUCUUACAAGGCGUGAUCAGCUACUAAACACAACGGCUAAUCAUUUUGUUGCUGUGGAGUUCGAUAUCUACCCAAAUUAUUUUGAUCCACCAGGCGAGCAUGUUGGUAUUGACAUCAACUCUAUGCAAUCUGUAAAUAAUAUUACUUGGCCGUGUGAUAUUAGUGGAGGGAGAAUAACUGAAGCUUGGAUUAGUUAUAAUUCAAGUACACAUAAUCUGAGUGUCGCCUUCACUGGUUAUAGAAAUAACACUGUAGAAAUGCAAUUCCUUAGUCAAAUAGUUAGUUUGAGGGAUUACCUGCCAGAAAGAGUUAGUUUUGGCUUUUCGGCUUCAACAGGAAGUGCAUCUGCCCUACAUACCCUUUACUCGUGGGAUUUUAGUUCAAGCUUAGAAAUUGAUGAUAAUGUUACCAAUCCAAUAGAUCCAGCUACCAAUCCACUAGAUCCAGCUGCAGCUUCUCCGCCAAAUGGUGGUUCUCUUAGGAAUCGGAAAAAGAACAGGACAGGACUGGCAGUUGGAUUGGGUGUUGGAGGUGGUGCUAUAGUUGUUGGGGCCGCUUUGGUUGGGAUUGUUAUUAAGUUUAUGCGUGGGCACGAAGAAGAUGAAGGAGAUGGUCAUGUCCUUGAAGAGUACAUGGAUGAUGAAUUUGAAAGGGGAACAGGACCAAAGAAGUUCUCUUACCAAGAAUUGGCUCGAGCUACAAAUAACUUCAAGGAUGAAGAGAAGCUAGGUGAGGGUGGGUUCGGUGGUGUCUAUAAAGGUUUUUUGAAGGGGAUUGAUUCAUUCGUUGCUGUGAAGAGAGUAUCAAGAGGUUCUAAACAAGGGAUUAAAGAAUAUGCAGCAGAGGUAAAGAUCAUUAGCCGAUUGAGACACAGGAACUUAGUCCAACUCAUUGGUUGGUGUCAUGAAAGAAAGGAGCUUUUACUUGUUUACGAAUUCAUGCCUCAUGGAAGCUUAGACUCCCAUCUUUUCAAAGAAACUAGCUUGUUGACAUGGGAGGUGAGGUACAAAAUCGUGCAAGGCUUAGCAUCGGGGCUGUUGUACUUGCAUGAAGAAUGGGAACAAUGUGUGGUGCAUAGAGAUAUAAAGUCUAGCAACAUUAUGUUGGACUCAGAAUUCAAUGCUAAGCUUGGGGAUUUUGGUUUGGCUAGGCUUGUAGACCAUGGAAAAGGUUCACAAACAACAGUUUUGGCAGGGACUAUGGGCUACAUGGCUCCAGAGUGUGCAAUGACAGGCAAGGCUAGCAGAGAGUCAGAUGUUUACAGUUUUGGAAUUGUUGCAUUGGAGAUAGCUUGUGGAAGAAAACCUAUCAACCCAAAGGCCAGUAAUGAAGAUCUAGUGUCCAUGGUGCAGUGGGUUUGGGAGCUCUAUGGUGAAGGGAAGCUACUUGAAGCAGUUGACCCAAGACUAUGCGGAGAUUUUAAUAAGACGCAGAUGGAACGCUUGAUGAUCGUCGGGCUUUCGUGUGCUCAUCCGGAUGAACAUCUUAGACCCUCAAUUCGGCAAUCACUUCACAUACUUAAUUUUGAUGCUCCAUUGCCUAUUCUCCCAUCAAAGAUGCCCGUGCCGUCAUAUUUCGCCCCGCCAAUACCUGCAUCUUCACUUUCAAUAAUGUCCUAUGGCCUUGCAGAUUCUGAAGGAGGGAUGAACAAAUCUUCAAGUUACAGUUACAACACUAAUUCUUCCCAGUUCACCACAUCUUCUUCAGCAUCUUCUGCAUCUGCCAUGCUUCCACACGAAGGCUAAAUUGAUGACCAGUGUAAUUAAUUUGAGAUUCUUAUCCAGUUAAAACAUUUAAUUUUGCCCCUUUUAUUGUACUGAUCAAUUUUCACGUCUUUUCUGAAAUUGAUUUUCUUUGAAACUGAGUACAAAUUCAUGUCCAAUUGAACAGUUUAAGAUUUAUAAAUUAGCCACCCGGCUCAACUGCUAAA